AUGCCGAAGGGGCGGCGCGGCCGCCAGAGCCCCACGAUGAGCCAGCGGCCGGCCCCGCCCCUCUAUUUCCCGUCCCUCUACGACCGCGGGGUCUCCCCGUCCCCGCUGAGCGACUUCAAUAUCUGGAAGAAGCUCUUCGUGCCGCUGAAGGCGGGCGGGCCGGCGGGCGGCCGGUCCCUACCCCAGGCGCCCCCGGCCCCGAUACCCCUGCCGCCACCCCCGGGCCUGGGUCCCCCCAGCGAGCGCCCGUGCCCCCCGCCCUGGCCCUCUGGCCUGGCCUCCAUCCCCUAUGAGCCUCUGCGCUUCUUCUACUCGCCGCCGCCAGGGCCCGAGGUGGCUGCCUCGCCCCUGACCCCUGGCCCCACGCCCUCCCGGCUGGUCUCCGCCUCCCACCCCGAGGAGUUGUGCGAACUGGAGAUCCGCAUUAAGGAGCUGGAGCUGCUCACCAUCACUGGGGAUGGCUUCGACUCCCAGCGCUAUAAGUUCUUGAAGGCGCUGAAAGAUGAGAAGUUACAAGGACUGAAGACCAGGCAGCCUGGAAGGAAGUCAGCCUCUUUCUCCUGAGGCGCCGCCCACCAGAGCCUGGGCAGCCACCUCCUUAGGUGUUAGUGCUUAGAUAAUGUGUCCUGUUCGUUGUCAUUUCAAAAAUUGUUAUUUUCUGUUCUGUAUUUACUGCUGUUCUUGUUGCUCCCAGCAUGUACUCCACAUACAGUGCCCACGUGGUAAAUCUCA